CGUGCGAGCUAUUAUUUACUUUACUUUGCGUUUUGGCGUACUAGCCGUGAACGGCUCGGGAGCCGAGGGCUAGUUUGUCUUUUCAUGGCUCUCUUGAGCACUAUUCCUGCUAUUGACGCUGAACUGGCACGCAUUGAGCUCUCGGCGGCACAACAGUCUGCUUACAACAACAAGCUUGCGCAGAUUGAGGCUCGGCGUCAGCUAGCGGCAAGUGCCCUUGAGGCUUUGCCCAGUGGGCGUAGAACGCGCAACAGCGUUGGUGCGGCCGACAAUCGCGCCGAACAGGUCGCAGCGAUCGAGCAGCUACGAGAUCAGGAUGUCGCAAAGUUGGAGACACCCACGUUUAAGCAGCUGAAGGCGCGCGUGCAGCAUAUCCAGGUCCUGUCCGCGCGCAAGGCGGAGCUGGUACAGCGGAAGGAGGAGCUGGAGAAGCAGCUGAAGCUGAUUAACGGUGGGGCGGCACAGGAGGAAGCCCUGGGCGAGUUGGCGCUGGACGCCUCACUGUGCGAUGACGAUGCUGAGCUGGGCGCGGGGCAGCCGCAGGGCAGGGGAAAGCAGCAGCAGCAAAUGACAGAGAAAGCAGCGCAGCAGAAGGUUGGGCGCGGGAAGACGGCGGCUCAGCGGCGGGUUGGGACUGGCGCCGUUGGCAGCGGCGCGGCCAAGUCCGCUCGCCCGCCGCUUCCCCCCCUGCUGGCGGCGGAGGAGGACGACUUCGCAGAAGGCAGCGAGCAGGACGUUGAGACAGCGGCGUUACGGCGGGUCGGGAUCACAGCAGGCAUCAGCGGCCCGGCAGGGGGCGGCCGAGCGGGCCUGCGGGCCGCUCCGGCCGCCCCUGCGCCCACACCGACGGCUGCGCGGCAGCCAGCCGUUGUGCGCGCGGAUGCGGUCAGCGACAUUAUGCAGGGCCUGGACAAGGACAUGCACAUGGAAUCGAUCUUGAACACCACGCCGGCGUUCAAGGAGAUUCUGAUGGGAGCAGGCAUACAGCUGGCGGGCAGCAACGUGCCAGCUUUCCAGCAGCACCUCCAGAAGACCAUCCAGGCCCUGGAGAAGGAGCAGCGGGAGCAGCAGGAGCUGGCCACGUGCUCGGCCCUCAGUGAGCGGACCUCAGCGGCGCUGCGAGGCAUGGCCCUGGCUCAGAAGGUCACGGAGCUGCUCCGUUUCGAGCAGCUGCUGCCGGACCUGGUCAGGGCCGCGGGGGGCAGCUUCCCGGCUUUCCUGGAGGCCAUGCGCCACCCCAGGCCGGAGGUGAAGCAGAUGCUGGAGGGCGCGGCGCUGCUAGAGCAGAUCAAGGCGCGCCACCGGCCGCUGACAGCGGGGGGCGGGGAGAGCAGAUAUGGCGAGGAGCCGGCGCUGAAGCGGCAGCGGCCUUACGGACUCGCGCCUGGAAGAGGUGACGUCUGAAGGUGCGUGAGGCCCUGGCCUAAGCUAUGUGCUCUUAUUUUUCGCCAAAUCAGCCCGUGGCACGGGGAAACAGCCUCCGGGUGGGCGCCCGGGUGACCGAGAACGCCCCCGGUUUGAGUAAUCCGGGCGAUCAAAAACUUCCCGGGGAUUGGUGCCCGGGUGACCGAGAACGCCCCCGGUUUGGGUAAUCCGGGCGAACAAAAACCCCCCGGGGAUUGGCGCCCGGGUGACCGAGAACGCCUCCGGUCUGGCGUCCGGGUGACCGAGAUCGCCCCCGGCCGAAGGUCGGGUGACAAUUAUGCGUGUCAGCCUUGUCCACGCAGGUUGCGCACUUGCCGAUGUCGGAGACACGCUGAUGCACAAGGCCUGAGGAGUGACAGGAGUCGGCGGCGGCCGAUGCCGCGGCCGGCUUUACGAGGGGCGCGGCAGUGCUCAUCCGUCGGACGGGGAAGCGUCAGCAGCAGCGGGAGCCGCGCCUGUGGGAGCACUUGCGGGCGAACUGGGCGGUCGCCGAGUUGGAAUUGGUGCGGGGGGACUCCGCUUGGAGCGGAGGGGUUUUUCUGUGGGGCCCGCUGGGAUCUGAGCGCCAGCAUAGGUGGGGCUACAAGAGAGUUGCAGAUGCUUAGAGCAGAGGGUGCUGUCUGUGGGGCCCGCUGGGAUCUGAGUGCCAGCAUAGGUGGGGCUACACGAGAGGGGCAGCUGCCGGUACGCUGGCGAGUCUUGAGCUGUCGGUAUUAGGAGGGAUUGGUGUGGGGGGUGGUCUCUGCCCGGCAACUAGGAAUGGCCGGGCAGACCCGUGCUGGUUAUUAGGCGCCGUAGAAAUUAGACGGCCGCGGGGCUGGGGCCAAGGGAAGCGGCGUGCGACUGUGUUUAGGCACGCCGCCCAAGUAAGGGCACAGCCGCUUACUCCCCAUAUCCAUUUGCCCUCCCCGGGUGAUGAACGUUUGCAAACUUGAGCAAGACGGUGAUCAUGACUUGCAUUGCGGUAUGUGGAAUGCUGUAAAUGGUGGGUGAUUGUUUCGUUUCCGAAGCCUGCCCUCAGCAGCCCUCCAUCUCAAAGGGCGGUUUUAAGUGGAGCUUCUAGUAAACUUGAACGGAACUUAAGACAGGUUUUGAAGGAGGGAAGCGGAGAAAUAGGCUGGCGAGGACGCGCAUGCUUGGUAGGCGAAGGCCGAGGAGAGAAGGGCGGGGGAACCGCCGUGUGUCGGAAGAUGGGCCCCAAUGCGUGAACGUGGCUCGAAAGACGGACUGUUUUGGUUGCAUCGGUAUCGUGCGAGCUAUUAUUUACUUUACUUUGCGUUUUGGCGUACUAGCCGUGAACGGCUCGGGAGCCGAGGGCUAGUUUGUCUUUUCCCACCCGCCCACCCUACUUGAUUAUAAGCUUAUGGAGGCUUUGCUACCUAGCGCGGUUUUGAGUCACUCUUGUGUUUUUCGUCCCGGGGGGUGGUCUCUGCCCGGCAACUAGGAAUGGCCGGGCAGACCCGUGCUGGUUAUUAGGCGCCGUAGAAAUUAGACGGCCGCGGGGCUGGGGCCAAGGGAAGCGGCGUGCGACUGUGUUUAGGCACGCCGCCCAAGUAAGGGCACAGCCGCUUACUCCCCAUAUCCAUUUGCCCUCCCCGGGUGAUGAACGUUUGCAAACUUGAGCAAGACGGUGAUCAUGACUUGCAUUGCGGUAUGUGGAAUGCUGUAAAUGGUGGGUGAUUGUUUCGUUUCCGAAGCCUGCCCUCAGCAGCCCUCCAUCUCAAAAGUAAAUGCACUGCAAAGUGGCAUUGGUGUGUGAGAUAGCCGGCUACUUUGAUGAUGCAUUCCGUGCCUUCCGCAA